GUUAUUCCUUACGCGAUCCUCUCUGUCCCCUCACAAAUUAAAAAAAUACAUUGACGGGCAAAUGGCAAUGUGCAUGCAGAUGCCAAAUUCAUAUUGCCGACAAGAUACCUACACAGAUUGCAGGGAGCAAAUUUAAUCGAAAUUCAUAGCUACCUUUCCUAGUUUUCCAUGGAAAUACCUGAAAGUAAAUCCGUCCAGCAUAAUUGUAAAAAGUGUUUGGUUCCCCUGGUACCGUACGCGUACAGGAACUGAAUUCAGCACUGUCAACGUAACAGAGAAAUAUAUGUGACAUAAGUAGAAGAUGUCAAUAGGAAAUCGGAAGUGUGUUUCCAAUUUGUCACAGAAAAGUAUAAGCGGGGAGGUAAGCGGAAGAGUGAAAGCAUCGAUGGAUUCGAAGCAGCUAAUGGAUUCGCUGGUAGACCAUCUGGCUCUGUACCACUCUGUGCCAUCACCAUCGCCUUCAAAAUCCCCAUUGCGGAAUAACAUUGUGACAUGGAUGUCGACCUUGAGCACAGAACAAAGACAGGCUGCCCUCACAACAGUGGAUGAAUCAUGGGUUGCUAUUAUUCUGCAAAUGCAGGCGCGCAUUCAGAAUGAUGGUCAGGGCUUUUUUAUCCUUCUACCGGACGUGCCUAUCAAGAGCAGCAAACACGAUUUCAAUGCGUUGCCGAGCCUGUGCUACAGAAAAGCCAGGGGCCUCUUGGCUAGGGCUUACUCCGGCAAUCAGGCCGAGCAAGUUUUGACGGAAAGCGUGAGGCUUUUUAGCUCGGCGGAGGGUCAAAUUCCGGGAGCCGAAUUCCCCAAGUUCGAUUCCCUGGUGGUCACCGAGGAUCUCGUGAAGGACAUGGAGCGAUUUGUUUCAGUCAUGGACGCCAUUUCCAAUGGCGAGUUUUUGAGAAGCUCGGGUCCUUCUUCUGCUUCGAAAUGGCAGUGGGAGGAGCUGCCGUGGCUCAAGGACAAGGGUUAUUACAGCCUCGCGGCUUUCGUUGUCAAUAAGCUGGAGCUCUCGCUCAGGUUGUCUUGGCUCGCUUCUCGCGCCAAGAAACGGAUCAACAAUAGUAAUGUUAAUAAUUCUGCGGGCAAUGAAACAGCUGCCAAUGUGUUCUGGAGGAAGAAAGGGUGUGUCCGUUGGUGGAGUAAAGUGGACAGCGAUACCAAAGCCACAGCCUUUAAACUCGCGGUUGCAAAAGCUGCUAAAUUUGAGGCAAAUCAACUUGUUCGAAAUUCAAAGGAUCUUUUGCAGACAAAAAGGCAGGGUAACUUUGUUGGCAAUAAAGGCAUAUUUGCUGAUGGGCAUAAUAUUCUGUGUAAAGUAAGCAGUAAUCCAAAUGUUCCUGCUCCUGAAAGUCACUUUGAGAGUCACACUUUCUGUAGUAAUAUAUGCAAGAAACAUUCUUGCGGCUGCAACUUUUCGAGUGGUUUAUAUAUUCUUCAAGAAGUUUCAUCAUUGGCAAAAACAUGUACAUCAGGAGUUCCUGAAGAUGACAAGCUGUUCUUUACAUCAUUGAGUUCUGCUCAUACAGUGUUAGAUAAUGUCUUGAGGAGAGUUAGACAAGUAUUUGUUAAGGUCUCAAAAGAUUCUGUAGAACUUGAUCUACUUGGUGAAGAGAACACAAGGAAUCAUCUGAAUCAACAGAAGGCAAAGGAUGCUGAAGUACAAAAAAGAGAAAAAAGGAGAAAAGGGCGCACUAAGAAGAAAAAAUUCCCCAUGUCUAAACAAAAUUCAAAUGUUCCUCCAAAGCAGCUUCCAGAGGAUGCCUCUGUAAAGCAAAUGCCAUUUGAGGAACAAGUAAAAAUGAUGAAUACUGAAGAAGAUAGCAGAAAGGGCAAUAUCAGUUCACUGAAAGAUCUAGGAAUGGCAAAAAACAAGCUAAAGAAGGAAAAUUUGUAUAACUUGGCAUGUCAAGGAGAGAACAAAAUGAGUCCAUGUAGGCUGCAAAAUAAAUCGAAAUCAGAGUGCUCAGUAUCAGGAAUGGGUGAGAGUCAAAUAAAAAGCACCAAACAGGGUAGGGGCAGAUCUAAGCUAAAGAAGAAGGGCAAUGCAAACUUGGAUACUGUGCUUUUAUCAGAUGACAAAGAGAGAACACUCGCAGAUUGUUUUGAUCAGCCACAACAGCAAAUUGUCAAGAUUCAACAGAGCUCCUUGCAGAAUGCUGAAUGUGGUGAACUUAUUGAUAGUUCGGGUGAGGAUUUAUGUUCCCGAAACAUAAAUAUUGCAAGCUCUCUUGUCAGUAGCACAAAUUUGUGCUCAGUUGAUAAUAAGAGAUCUUGUUCAGCUGAACAAUCAAUUAUAUGUUGUGAUAAGAUAAGUGCUGAUGUAACUUUAUCAAAUGUUGAUUUCCGGGUCAAUCAUGAUUCAAACUGUGGUUCAUCUUAUGAAACAGAAUGUUUGAUCUCGUUGCAUAAUAGUCAUGCAUUGUGCAAAUCUGAUUCAUCAGGCAUUGAGGAAGAUGGGAAACAAAUGGGUUGUUCUCCAAAGUCUAUUAUUUGUCAGAGGGGCAAGGAGGAUGCGAUUUUUCUUUCGAGAGACUGUAAAAGCUCAUCUGGUUUUGUUGAACCAUUGAAAAAUACCAGUCAUUGUGAAAGAAUGCUUAUUUCUGCUACUGACCUCAAUUAUCAUGUGCAUCAUGGGAAACAAAGCAAAGAACUGGAUCAUGAAGAUUCACAAUGUUCUGUCAAGCCAAGCACAACUUGUUCCCAAAUCUGCAAUCAAGAUUCUAUGGACCUGGUUGGUGCACAAGCUACACCUGGAGACGAGCCAUGGAAGCAGCAAAGGUCAAGAAAGCCAGAUUACUCCAUCCAACAGACAACUAAUAUUAUACCGCCUACAUCAUAUGAGUGGCCUGGGUCACUACAUAUUUGUUAUCCCUCUACUGCUCGUCAUCUUCCAGCUACUACAGAUAGGUUGCACUUAGAUGUAGACUGGAAUUGGCGACAUCAUUCUCAACCAUCGUAUGUAACAUUGAGACGGCCAACAGUGAGAAACUCACCAGUGCAGGUAGGCUACCCAAAAAGGAACACAAAACCUCAAGCUGCUAGAAAAGGCUCAGAUUCAUCACCAGUGGUUCAGACUGGCUGUAAUUUGACUCCUUCGAUAGGUUAUUCCCUUGAACCAGGUUUCACACCAUUUUUUCAGUCAUCCUUGCAGGCAAGACGUGUACCCUCUAAUAUUGAAUUGAAUGGAAGCAUGGCAGUAAGGGAGGGUUCUAGGAAUGAAGGGACAGAUGACUCCACUUGUGACGAUUUAAGAUAUUUAUCUGGAGACACUGAUGACUUUGAUGGAUAUUUCAUAUCUGAAGAUGAAGCUGAAAAACUUCCUCCGGAUAUUGCAUGCAACAGUUCUGAUUACAACCAUGUCUUUGGGGGUGGAGUAAUGUAUUGGAACACUGCUGAUUAUGCUGGUACUGGUUACUCCGGGCCUCCUUCUCUGAGUUCUGAAGAUAGCUCGUGGGCCCGACACGAAGAUGAAUUAAAAUUGGUUAUAGAGGAUAUUACUUCAUUGCCAGGGUAUAAUGGUGGGGUAGCUUCACCACCAACAACAUUUCACUCUUCUUUUGAUCCAUUAUGUUCUGGGAUGUCAACAGUCUCAGCUGCUUCUGCUCCUCCUUCAGGAUCAAUUACCACAUCAGAAGAACAAGAUAAUAGGUCAGCAAGCAAGCGUACUGUUGGUGUGAUGGAUGGAAUAAAAGGGGAAGUACUUCCUCACCCGAUUCUUCGGCCAAUUGUUAUCCCAAACAUGUCUAAUCAAAGAGCAAGGAAUGAUUUACACGUCCGACAAUCCAGAAGUCCAUGUGUACCUUGCAACCGAAGGGAGCUGCCUAGAUUGAAACGUCCUCCAUCACCGAUGGUGCUUUGUGUUCCACCAGCUCCAUCACGACCUCCACCUUCUUCUGUUGGGGGACUCAGAAAACAGAGGCGGUUCCCAACUGUCAGAUCAGGAAGCUCCAGUCCACGGAAUUGGGGAAUAAGUGGGUGGUCAAAUGAGGCAGAAAUGAAUCCUGAUGAAUUUUGUUUAUCUGCAGGCAACCAAGAAGUGGUAAAUUUUGCAUGGAGAAGGAAAUGCAUUCCAGCCACACCACCAAUGCACUCUCUUCCUGGUGCUUUGCUGCGUGAUUGCUUGGUUGCCAUUCCUCAAUUGGCAUUGGAGCAAGAACAUCCAGACCUUGCACUUCCACUGCAGUCAGCAGCAAUACAGAACAACCCUGCUCUUCAGGCAUCGGUUUCUAAGUUGCACAAUCUGCUUCAUGAUGAGAUUGAAUCUUUCUGCAAGCAGGUUGCUUAUGAAAAUUCUAUGAGGAAACCAUUCAUUAAUGCUGCUUUAGAGAGGGUUUCUCGAGCACUUCAGGUCCUUUGGCCAAGAUCCAGGACAAAGAUUUUUGGUUCCAUUGCAACGGGAUUGGCCCUUCCUACAAGUGAUGUUGACCUUGUUGUUUGUCUUCCACCUGUUCGGAAUUUGGAGCCUAUCAAAGAAGCAGGGAUUUUAGAGGGUCGUAAUGGCAUUAAAGAAACAUGCCUGCAGCAUGCUGCAAGGUAUCUUGCAGAUCAGGAAUGGGUCAAGAGUGAUUCCCUUAAGACCAUAGAGAACACAGCGAUACCAAUUAUAAUGCUUGUAGUGAAAGGUCUUUCCCAAACUGGCAGCAGAAGUGAAGAUCAACUUAAAUCACACACAAUUAGAACUAGAGCUGGGGAAGAGAAAGAGGAAGGAACUAUACCUAAUGCAUUGGAAUGUAAAAAUCUGACGCAUUCUGUUAGAUCUGAUGGAUCUGCUUGUGAAACCAAGAGAACACAGUGGUGUAGUAAAGAUGAUCGUGAGUCAGUACACUUAGAUAUAAGCUUUGAAUCACCAUCACACACCGGACUAAAAACUGCUAAUCUGGUUAGGGAGCUUGUUGGUCGGUUUCCUGCAGUUGUACCUCUGGCUUUAAUAUUGAAACAAUUCCUAACGGACAGAAGUUUGGAUCAUUCGUAUUCUGGUGGUUUGAGCUCAUACUGUCUGGUCUUGUUGAUCACAAGGUUUAUUCAACAUGAACACCAUGCUGGUCGAGCAAUAAAUCAGAACCUUGGGAGCCUUUUUAUGGAUUUUCUAUACUUUUUUGGAUGUGUGUUUGACCCACGCCAAAUGCGUGUUUCAAUUUAUGGGAGUGGCAUGUACGUGAAUAGAGAUCGUGGUCAGAGUAUCGAUCCACUGCAUAUUGAUGAUCCUAUACAUGAUCCUCUACAUCAAGCAAACAAUGUUGGGCGUAACUGUUUUCGUAUACAUCAGUGCAUUAAGGCAUUUUCAGAUGCGCAUUCUGUUCUGGAAAAGGAACUUGUCCAUCUUGCCAAUGUUUCAGAUUCAAAUGAAGAGGCGUGUGGAAAAGUUCUUCCAAAAAUCAUACCAAGCAUUGCUGGCAUAUAUAAAGAAAAAAUUUGAUUUCUCAGAUAUGCCAAUCUUCUUGAGAAGACAGAUUGGAGCAUCGGCUAAGCAAGAUGCCUGCAUGCACUUUCAUAAACUUGGAAAGUUAUGGCAGCAAGUGUGAACAAUUCCACAACAACAAAGAAUCACUGCUAUAACUACAGAAAAAUGAUACAGAUGUCCAUAAUGUGUAACAGUUGGAUUUUGAACUUGUUUGCUGUUCUAUAUAGCAAACUGCCAGGAUUCUUCCAGUUGAAUGAGAGCUGGUUGCAACAUUUUUCAUCCUUUCAUCAUCACUUAUUCAGUGGGACUCAAAUGUCCAGAUGAUAUACUAUUAAUGAUGCCUGAUAAUUUUCUAAGUGUUACAUUAUGCUGCAUUCAUUUCGUAAAGCUGAACUUUUCGCAUGUCACUGGCUUUGUGGACAGCAUCGAUGGUAACUGUUGCUCAUAGUGCAGCCGUUGAUAAAAUUGGGCAUAAAUAAGGUUCACACUUGUGAGGUUAAUGAAAUAUGAAAAUGAGAUUAGAAACAAGAAGCUGGACUGGAAAACCUUAUAUAUGAGUUCAACACUUUUUACUCAUGAAUUCAAUGCAGUUAAGUUUAAGCUCUAUGCCCCUAAAUGUAUGUUGAUUUUGAUAAAAUCUGAUUACUUAGCAUUGCCAUCGGAUACAUUGCAAUGGUGGAGCACUGGUCUAUUCAGUACAGUUAAUAAUCAAAAGAAUAAAUGACAUUGCUAUACACAAUAUAGUAACAAAGAGAAGAAUCUGGUUUAUAUGAGAAAUAUUUACCAUCUCAAUAAGUCUUUCAGCUCAAUGCCUAAUACAUUACAAACAGGCAAGUUGCUCAGUCUACUUUGACGUCUCUUUCAUGUUUUGAAGAUUGUUCACCAUAAGUUAUAAUGAUUAUUCCAAUUCAAAUUUCUAGGGAAUAGUUCCUUGUGUUGCAGCUAAGACAUUGCAAGGAGUCUAAGCAAGCAUUAUAAAUCUUCAAGGUUAUUGAGGUUGGCGUAUAUUGAGAAGUACACUCUAUGUAAGGAUAAGUUCUUUGAAUGAUGCAUUGAGAAACUAUUGAUUCUACUUGCUUUUAGCCUUUUACUAUUUGGCAAGUGAUGGGAUAUAGUGAUUUGGCACACAAUAACCUUUGAUGAUGCUUGGAAGUCAGAGAGCUGAGUUUGGAGAAAUAUAUGCUCUAAGCCUUUUACUAUUUGUCAAGUGAUGGGAUAGAGUGAUUUGGAACACAAUAACCUUUGAUGAUGCUUGGAAGUCAGAGAGCUGAGUUUGGAGAACUAUAUGCACUAAAUGACUAAAUAUUUCUCAGCUCUAUUGAUCUUCCAGGGUGGCAGAAUUGAAGUAGGUUGAGCUCCCAAGGACACUGACUCGUUAAUUUCCCAAUCAGAGUUCAUUUUCUUUUGCCAUGGACCCACAAGAUUAUGCUAUAAUUAAAUUGAUGCAUCAAGAAUGGGACUGGUGUAGCACUAGAAAUUAUGACGAGAAGUCAUUCCACCAAGCUAGCUCUGUUGUGUACAACUAAGCACUCGCAAAAAUUGAAAGGAACUUUUGCAGCAAUAUAAAAAUGUGUCUGUAGUUCUCAGAAGUCCUUUUCUGUUCACAGAAAUGUACUCUUUAACUCCACAGACCACACAUUAUAUGACUUUGCAGUGAUCAUCCAAGAGAACCACUUAUUCGCCUUGGGGUUUGGGCAGUAUGUAAAUGCAAAAUAACUGUAACAUUUUUAUUGUUGUUUCACAAAAGGCAGUGAGUUAUCUGAAUAGUUGCAUGUGAAUUACAAAAGAAAAUUGUAACUUGUGCACCAACUUUAAGUUUGUAUUCUCAAUAAUGUUCGAUGUAUUCAGUUAUUUAAUUGA